CGGGUCUUACCUGCGUGAACAAAGCUGCGCAAAGAAGUAAUUUGUGUCAUCGUCUUAUUUCGGAGAAGCAUCCCGUGAGCAAAUUUCGGUGUUGAGCUGAAUUUGGAAGUUGCAUUGUGUUAGUUGGAAACAAUUUAUUAUGGCUGGAGAAGAACAAGUAGAGUGUCCACUAUGUAUGGAACCUUUAGAAAUUGAUGACUUCAAUUUUUUUCCUUGCACGUGUGGAUACCAGAUUUGCAGAUUCUGUUGGCAUAGAAUCAGAACAGAUGAAAAUGGAUUGUGUCCCGCUUGCAGAAAGCAAUAUCCAGAGGAUCCAGCAGUGUUCAGGCCCCUCACAGAUGAUGAGCUUGAUCUCAUAGAAUGUUCUCAAUAUAGACUGCAAAGAAUCAAAAAGGAAAGAAAGCAGAAAGACCUACAGAGGAAACAAAAAGCAGCGGAAAACAGAAAACAUCUAGCAAAUGUCAGAGUUGUUCAGAGGAACCUUGUAUUUGUUGUUGGUCUUUCCAAAAAAUUAGCAGAACCAGAGGUGUUAAAAAAGCAUGAAUAUUUUGGAAAAUUUGGGAAAAUUCAUAAAGUUGUCAUCAAUCAAAGUACUUCCUAUGCUGGAGCACAGGGUCCAAGUGCUAGUGCUUAUGUGACAUAUCAUCGUUCUGAUGAUGCUCUUCGUGCCAUCUUGGCUGUGAACAAUGUACAUGUUGAUGGAAGGACAUUGAAGGCCUCGUUGGGUACAACUAAAUACUGUAGUCAUUUUCUUAGGGGUGCACAAUGCCCUAAGCAGGAUUGCAUGUAUUUACAUGAACUAGGUGAAGAAGCAGCAAGCUUUACAAAAGAAGAAAUGCAAGUUGGCAAACAUCAAGAGUAUGAACAAAAACUGCUUGAAUCGUUCAUGAAUUCCCAAAAUACUGCAAACAAUCAUGUCACGGGAACAAACAGUAAAACCAUACCAACAAGAAAAAAGGCGACUUCACCUAUCCCAGUAAAUCAGACACCACCUUCAGGGACGCCGCCACAACAACAGGUUUCCACACCAGAACAGAUCCAACAGCAACAGACGCCUCCAAAUAACACACCGCCUCAAAAUACACAACCAAUCCCCAACACAGCCAACAAAGAUGCUUGGCCAUCACUACAGACUGGAAGUGUAAGGUCUGAACAGCGCCUAACAAAUGGUAACAGACCAAACCACACCCAACAGAAACCAGACACACAGCCCAUACAUAACCACAACAGAGUACUUGGGUACCACAAAGCUCGCACAAAAACAGAGGCAGACAUAGAAAACAAUGCUCUACACAGUGCAAUAGACAAACCGACAGACACCUCAGUUAAAUCGGAUAUACCAACAGUAUCAUCCCCACAGAGCACACCGUCCGUGGGGACAGGGUCCCCGGUGUCCCUCCCCCCAGGUUUAACUACAUCAACUCUCAGCAAAGCUCCCCUUGGUGCACAACUGUCAGCGAGAUUGAUGGCCAACCCAGGACUGAAGCCUAUACUGUUUGACAACUCUUCCCAGAGUCUUUCACUGUUUAGUAAUGGCAAUGGCUUUCAUGGCAAACGAUUCCAAAAACUACCUGUGCCUACAGUGCCAGCAGAAGUUCCAGAGCCAGUUUCAACCCCAGAAAUUGCAGAGUCAAUUCAAGUCACAAGCUGUACCGAUUGGCAAGCUGCUUUUGGGUUUGGGCCAAAAACCAGAGACUUGCCAGAUGAUGAUUUAGGUUUUGAUCCAUGGGAUGAGUCAUCAAAAGGUUUGGCAGACUUGUUAGAGAAGGAAAAUGGUAUCAGCCAAACCCACAGACCAAAUUAUACAGAUCAAAACAAUCGCUCCAAUCACCAACCCCAAAGUUUGCCACCAGGCUUUUCAUUAAGUCAGCUACAGCAACAACAACAGCAACAGAUGCAUCACCCAGCAUUUCUAAGACCCGAUAUAGGAAACAAUGGAAUGCUAGGUUUGAUACAGCCAAAUAUGCCUCCACCAAAUUCAUACCACAGUAUGUUUGAUGAUGGAAAAGAACAAAAUCAUGUCAAUGCUCAGAGAGAUGUGUUCAACACUAAAGAUUGGCAAGAUGGUCUGCGAGCGUUAUUGCCAAAUAUAAACAUUAGUUUUGGUGCAACACAGCAAGCAAAUAACCCAAUGUCUACACAUACUUCCUUACAUAGUCAACAGCAACAAAAAAGUUCAGUGUUAUCUUCAGACAGUCCGCCACACUGGUUAAAAUCUAUUCACCAGCUCACAGACAUAGAGGGAAGCCACACAAACAGCCAAAACCACAGACUACCUUUUGUGCAACAGUUCCCCCUCAGAAACACAGGCUGGCCCACACAGACACAGACCCCUCCCCCAGGCUUUCAGACAUCCAUCAGACCUCCCACACAUCCCACAGAACCACACAAAAUUUCUGAAGGUUUGCAGUAGCUUUAAUCUCCUAAAGACAGACAGAAGACAAAGAUUUUUUUUAUCUCUACAAAAUCAACUUUCAUUGCUUAUCUUUGAUGAUGACAGCUUGAUUUAUGAUGGGCAGGCAGGAAUUAUUGGCAUAACUUUAGCCAGAUCACUGGUUACUUUUACAUGUCUAUUUACUUUUGUGAUGUUGGAAAUAUUUGUAUAUAGAAAUAUGCUUGAAAUUAAGCAUUGGUUACGUUUUGGAACUGUUCAAAACUUCAAGUGAUCCAUUGAAGAUAAUGUAGUGUGUGACAGUAAAUAGUAUGUGUUACUGAAAGUACCCAAAUGUUCUUAUUAAAUAGUAUCUGUUACUGGAAUACCCAAAUGCUGAUAUAUCUUACACCAAACUAGUAUAAGCUCCUGUUAAAAUCAAACAAUUUGAUACAAUUUGUCUUAUCAUUUAAUAGUAUCAUUAAGAAUACUUUUUAGAAAAUUGGCAAUGAAUUACUGAAGAUUACUUCGGCUUUGUGCACACUUGAUUCUGUGAUGUGAUGUUAUCAUACUUAUAAGCAAAUGUUUGAAAUAUCUGGUUCGACUCCAUCACUAUGUAUAUUUUGUUCUAUUUAUUAAGAAAAAACUUAUGUGUUCCUGGACUAUGUAAUCGAUGACUAAAAUGAAUUUAUUGGUAAUAUUAUACAAUAUGGCAUGAAACCCAACUAAUUUCAAUUUCAACAAAAUUUGGUUGGCACUUUACACAUCAGAUGUAUUGAUUAUCAGGUUAGGCCUACAUAAGUACCAAUUAAUCUACAGAAGUGAAAAUUAGUUAGUACCUCAAGAUUGUAGCCAUCCAUGAUAUAACUUAAAAAAAAUAAGCAGGUUAAUAAGGAUAUUCACGCCAUAGUUCUUCGUGGCUUUGUUUUCUGCAUCUAUGAUUUUUCAUACUUAAAAUAUUUGUGAAUAGUGCUACAUUUGACCAAAAACUUGUUAUAUAACUGCUCAUUAUCUAGAAUUUUUAUCCUUAUAAUUUAAAAAGAACUAAUGCAGCAGUAAGAUGGUAAACAAUUAGCCCAGUGUACAAUUUAAAGGCAUUUGUUUCAACACAUUUUGUGACACGCUUUUUUGUCCUGUGAAUAAUUAAUUUCAUCUCUGAUAGACAGUGCAUCAAAUGCUAUGACAAUGUGUCUUCCAAACCUCUUUAUUUCAUUCAAACCAUUGUGAAACAAGUUAUAUUAACUUAUAUUGCAUCUGCUUACCCAGAUGGACAGACAUGGGGAGAGGAAAAUGAUGUAGAGUUAGUUGUCAGGCAGGUGAAAAUAACACAUCCAAUAGGUAAAAGUCGGCACUCACCACUACGCCACCAAACUAUCCAUUGGACCUAGAGUAGUUACUGUUUAUCUUGGAUGUUUUUCAUGGUCACUACUGAGGAAAAACAUAUUAUCAGUGAAUUUACAAUUCACUUUUUUUGUAAAAUUAUGUUUUUAUAGGAAACAAUGGCACUGAAAGGUUGACGGGUCAUUGAUUGUGACUGAAAGAUAAGAAAACAAAAGUUAUUUACAGGAUAAAUAAGUUGUUCAACUUGUGUUAUGGUUAACAAAGAACCUUAUCUACUUGUAUUGCUUGAAAAUUAAUUUGCGAGAUAAAAACAUAUACCUACUGUUGCCUGUUCACAGUUCAAAUGUCCCAUAAUGACAUGCAUAUGUUAUACAAAAAGCCGCUGAAGUGGCAUGGAAAAUUGAUGUAGCAAAUUAGUUUUAACUGUUUCAUGUGUCCUUGUCUUUGUUAUCAAACAGAUGUAGCUUGUGAACAUCUCAUUAUUCUGAUUGUUUUGUGAUUAUUUUUGUCUCCAACAAAAGCUAUGAAUUAAAUGGAUCAAUUCAUAUCUAGAUUUACAAUAGCAAUGGUUGUGUGCUCCUGCAGCGUCUGCCCGUCAUGAUCAAGCUGUCAUGCUGUCAACAAAUCAAAAGAUACCAUGUUCGGCAUCAGUUCCACACAGGACAUUAUUUUAAUGACUGUUACUAUAAAUGGAGUUGUAUCAAAGAUGUGUGUUUUUUUUAACUAUGAGUGUAUGUGUUAAACUCAUUUUUUAUUAGAUUCAACAUUAUCAACAAAAUCAACGCAGUAAAUGCUUAACCUUUUUUAAACACCACUUGACACCAUCUAAGAGCAUAUACAGUAAAGAUUUGAAUAUUUUUUGCGAGAUGUUUUAAACACAUAUAAUGAAUAAUGAAUGUUCUUGAUUAUUGAAAUUACUACAGUGAAAAGAAAUUGGUUCCAAAAUUAGCAGAAAGGAAAUACAAUUUAUGAUUCUGCUAUAUUCAACUUGUUUUUAAUAGGUCCUGCCUGAUGUGCUUAGUUUCCAUAAAGUCAUGUUUUCUGUAGGAAUAGAAUCUUUUGACUUCAUCUCAUUUCUCCAUUAAACUUGGUUCAAUUUUUCCAAGUUAAAGACUUUGUAAACCCACAAGGUUUGUAUUUAUUUCCAGUAUUCUAAGGUAUGACUUCCUGACCCUCCACACACACAGUAGCAAGCAAGUUACCUUCAUGAAUUCUGUCAAACAAAUUAUAUAUGCAGACAAUUUGUAACGAAAAGAAGUUAUUGCACAACUAGAGAAAUUAUUGAACAGAUUUCUGUCACAAGAAUGAAUUGGUGACUUAAUGAGACUAGGACAUGAAGGAAGAAUCCAGACUAAAGGCUGUGCGGUUUGAGCCCUUGGCGCUAUUAUUUCCCAUAUCGCACAUGAUUUUAAGCUUUACAAGUAUGUUAUAAUGAUUAUUACAAGAAUACCCAUAGCUUAACCUACACAUUGUGCAAAUUGUUUGAAUUUUGGCAACACCUGCCAUCUCCACGUUAUGUAGUAUUCUGAGGAAUUGUACAAAACUAAAGAGUGGUGGUAAAUAUGCCAAAAAAUUAAAGGCUGACCAUUUUUAUGCAUGGUACCAUUGAAAUUUACAGCCUACAUUGGUAUGACCUUAACAUGAAGAUAAUAAAAGUAUUAAUGAAUGAAG